AUGAUUCGCAAGCUCUUCGAUUGUGACGACCGGCCGGAGGUUUUGUGUUAGUUUUGUGUGAGUUUUUGCUCCCGUCCGUCUUGUGUCGGGCCUUUCCCACUUGUCCCACAAACUUCCCGGUCGUUUCCCGGCUUUUCGAUCAGGCCGUGAUAAGUUCGAGGCGCUCCAUUUCCAAAAGGUUAUCAUUUCCCCCCUCCUCUCGAGGUGGGGUACUUUGAUGUUUGAUUUUAUUUUUAGGUAAACCCCAUAAGCGGAGUUUGUUUUGAUUGGGGAGAGGCAUUAUCAAUUACUCUCUCGCCGCCGCUGAAACGGACGUCUGUUUGUUUGUAACAGUCUUAUUAGUUGAAUCGGGACUCGUGUGUGCCUGUUUGGACGGUCAGUUGACAUUCCUUUGCAAAAGAACGUUUAGGUUAUAUUAAACUACCAAAAAUUUAUGUAAUUUCGCUGCUAAAUGUUUGAAUUUCUUAUCUCCAUGUGAUGUUUACGAUUUUCUGCUGGGAAUCCAGCAAUAACUUGAGUAUAUUUGUGAUAAGUUUGCAAAAAAUUUUUGGUAUGUUAUCCUUGAUGUCUAAAUUAAUAUAAAAACGUAGUUCAUGUUUCUCCUCUUGUCUUUGCUGGUCCUUGUUUACUCUCGUGGUCUGCUUGACGGGUUUAAUUGUUAUUUUCUCCCAUUUUUUUAUUUCCCCGGUGUUUUACUUAUAUUCUCCUUGCAGAAGAUGCUGUUCAAAGUGAAUCCCGUCAAUCUCGGCGGUGGGAUGCGCCUUUUCCACAGCAGUGUCGUCGUCAGAUCGAGUGUGCCGAUCAGCAAAUUCGAGCCCGAGAAAACGCUUCCGUACGAGAAAAUCCAGGCCAAUGUGGAGAUUGUUCGCAAACGCCUGAACCGACCUCUGACCCUCUCCGAGAAGAUCGUCUACGGUCAUUUGGACGAUCCCAAGAACCAGGAGAUUGAGCGUGGAGUCAGCUACUUGCGCCUGCGACCCGACCGAGUCGCCAUGCAAGAUGCCACCGCUCAAAUGGCCAUGCUUCAGUUCAUUUCCUCGGGUCUUCCUCAGGUCGCGGUCCCAUCCACAAUUCAUUGCGAUCACUUGAUCGAGGCCCAAGUUGGCAGCAAAAAGGACACGGACAGAGCCAAGGACUUGAACAAGGAAGUCUACGACUUCUUGAGCUCGGCCGGAAACAAAUAUGGCGUCGGAUUCUGGAAGCCGGGAUCGGGUAUUAUCCAUCAGAUCAUCCUCGAGAACUACGCUUUCCCCGGCCUUCUCCUCAUCGGAACCGACUCCCACACCCCCAACGGAGGAGGUCUGGGUGGAGUCUGUAUUGGUGUUGGUGGAGCCGAUGCCGUCGAUGUGAUGGCUGACAUCCCAUGGGAACUCAAAUGCCCCAAGGUGAUUGGAGUCAAACUUACCGGAAAAUUGUCGGGAUGGACUGCGUCCAAGGAUGUCAUCCUCAAGGUCGCUGAUAUCUUGACUGUCAAGGGAGGAACUGGCGCGAUUGUUGAGUACUUUGGCCCUGGAGUCCAGUCCUUGUCUUGCACUGGAAUGGGAACCAUCUGCAACAUGGGAGCUGAAAUUGGUGCCACAACUUCGAUCUUCCCCUACACUGCCUCGAUGGGAGAGUAUCUGAAGGCCACUGGCAGAGAAGGAAUCGCGAAAGAAGCGGACAAGUACAAGAGCUUGUUGACCCCCGAUGAGGGCGCUCAAUAUGAUAAGGUAGGCAAGGAUAAUAUGCAUUUUUUUGUUUUUAGUGCAAAAUCAAUCAAAUUAUGGUUAUUGUAGGUGAUUGAGAUCGACUUGGACACCCUUAUUCCUCAUGUAAACGGUCCAUUCACCCCGGAUCUUGCUCAUCCCAUUGACAAACUCGGAGCUCACGCGGAACAACAUAAUUGGCCCAAGGAGAUCAAGGUCGGUCUCAUUGGAUCCUGCACCAACUCCUCGUACGAAGAUAUGGCUCGCUCCGCUUCCAUUGCUCAACAGGUAGGAUAAAUUCAGUUUUUUCGGAGUUGGAUUGUUGGAUCAAGUAUAAGUUUUUUGUGUUUUGAUGUUAAUAUUUUCUGUGUUUAGGCCAUUGACAAGGGAAUCAAGGCCAAAUCUCUCUUCACCAUCACUCCCGGAUCCGAACAAGUCCGUGCCACCAUCACUCGUGAUGGAUUCACCGAGACCUUCGAGAAGAUCGGCGGAGUUGUCUUGGCCAACGCCUGCGGCCCAUGCAUCGGCCAAUGGGACCGUAAGGAUGUGAAGAAGGGAGAAAAGAACACGAUUGUCACCUCAUACAACCGUAACUUCACCGGUCGUAACGACGCCAACCCCGCCACCCAUGGUUUCGUCACUUCGCCGGAACUCGUGACCGCCCUCGUCCUGGCUGGACGUCUGGACUUUGACCCCAGAAACGACGAACUCACCGCCGCCGAUGGCUCCAAAUUCAAGCUUCAGCCCCCAACCGGUGAAUGCCUCCCGGCCAAGGGAUACGACCCAGGAGAGGACACCUACCAACCACCAAGCAAGUCGGGCCAAGUCAUCGUGGACCCCCAAAGUCAACGUCUCCAACUCCUCGAACCCUUCAAGGCUUGGGAUGGAAAGGAUCUGGAAGACUUGACCAUCCUCAUCAAGGUCAAAGGAAAGUGCACCACCGACCAUAUCUCCGCCGCCGGCCCAUGGCUCAAAUACAGAGGGCAUUUGGAUAACAUCUCGAACAAUUUGUUCUUGACCGCCGUCAAUGCAGAGAAUGGAGAAAUGAACAAGGUGAGAUUUUUAGUUUUUUUGAGCUUUGAAUUUAGGUUUGAGUGAAGAGGAAGUUAAUUGAAGGGGAAAUUAUGUUAUAUGUGAUGUGAAAAAUAUUGUACGUGAGAUUUUAGGUGAAAAACGUGACCACUGGUGAAUAUGGAGCUGUCCCAGACACUGCUAGAGACUACAAGGCCAAGGGAAUUCAAUGGGUUACCAUCGGAGACGAGAACUACGGUGAGGGAUCGUCUCGCGAACAUGCCGCCUUGGAACCCCGUCAUCUUGGAGGAAGAGCGAUUAUUGUCAAGAGUUUCGCCCGUAUUCAUGGUAAGUAAUACUGUUUGUAGAUGGGAAUAAGAAUUAGCAAUGUGAUGAAAACAGUUUAGCCCUUUUAUUUUGGGGAUAAAAUUAAAUUUUGACCUUGUUUUAGAGACCAACUUGAAGAAACAGGGUAUGCUCCCUCUCACCUUUGCCAACCCCGCUGACUACGACAAGGUCAGACCCGAUGACAAGGUCUCCAUCCACGGAUUGACCAGCUUCGCCCCCGGCAAACCCCUGACUUUGGUGCUGAAACAUUCGGAUGGAAAGAAGGAGGAAGUAAAAUUAAAUCACACCUUCAACGAACAACAGAUUGAAUGGUUCAAGGCCGGCUCAGCCCUCAACCGCAUGAAACAAUUGUUGGCCAACAAGUAG